CUGCACUUAAGAAUUGACAUAUAAAACAGUUGAAAUUGAAUUUUACGGUGAAAGUGGGAGUGUUUAUCUUUUUUAUUCAUUUUAAAUUGAUAAUAUCAUUUUGAAUUGUUGGCAAGUGAACUGUUUGUUUGUAGAAUACAAUCGCUUUUUGAGUGUCACUAAGACGAAAUUGUUUAACUUUACUAAAAGCCGGUGUAAUGGACAUGGAAGUGGACGGCAUUGAAACGUUAAGUAAUCCAUCUGAAGGAGGGAAGUUUUCUAACUUGAAAGCAUUUGUGACUGCUGCUCGGGAAUUUGAAGCGACCCAUAGUGAGUCUGCUGUGAAUUUGAUGACACGCUACCUUGGGCUAAUAGCCUCAUCAUGUGACUUAUCAAUAUUUUCACCGGGACGUUCAGAAGUGUGUGCAUUCUUCAGUUCACUAUGGCGUGUGAUGUGCGAUGGUCGUGGGCCUCAUUGGGCUGGAGUAGCCGUGCUGUCGAGAGCCGCUAUAGAACCCAGUGCUAGACAUGCUUUGACCCACACUUACAAGUUCAUGCCAAUCCUGGCUAGAUUAUUAUCCGACUCAAUAUCUAAUGACAAGAAAAUUAAACUUCUCUCUGUAAUGCAAGAAAUAUCCUACGGUAUCAAAAUCAGUUGGCAAGAGUCUUACCUAAGCAGUUUAAUGAAACAACUAACGGAAUGGAUUACACAGCCCAUGCCAGAGCCACAACUUCGUACAAUUGGUCACAAGUCACUUACAGUACUGGUCAAUGUGUGCUAUGGGAAUCUGCCCGCAAUAUACGCUUUGAUGAGGACUGUAGAUACCAAGGAUUUUGUGGUGCAUCUUAUUAGUUUGAAGGAUGGUGGUUACGGCGGUGUAGAAGUAUGCAGACUAUUGCUCUGUCUGUCGGGGGCGACGCGGGGCGCCGCGUCCACGCGCCAGCCUGACGUGCACAGCUACUUGUGUUGUACCAUGAGGACUUUCAAUAAAGCUGUCAGUGAAGGCGACGCGACUCAACUACUACACGCGUACACGUUUAUCAAUGAUCUGUGUUCAGACAGCAACUUGAGAAGUUAUGUGCUCACCUACCCACACUUUGUAAACGCGCUUGAAGAAGCUCUUAAGGAUGUUCAAAAUUUAUGCCAAGCAGCACCAGAUGAUAUGGGCGAGCCAGAGAAUACUGUGAAUUGUCUCCGCAAUGUUAUGAAAUUCCUGACUGUUCUAGUUAGCUUGGAUCUGUACUCCCUGCGAUGUCACCACAGUGCUCUAGUGUGUUUGUGUAUGAAAGCCAGUCGCAGCUGCUUGCCGGAGUCUCUUGAGCUGUUUGCUGCUAUCGUAUCGCAAUAUAGAGAUGAGGGACGCCUACCACAGGAACUCAUAUCAGUAAUCAAUGAUGGUCUACCAGGGUUACUAGUACCACCUUCUUUAGAGCCGGGGAAGGCAGGCGUGCAGUGGCUGCAAGUUGUCGGAGCUCUUUGCGAGUCUGUUGAGACACAAGAGCGAGUGCUACAAGAGGUCACUCCGGAUGCUUUUGAAGAUACUCUAUACAGCGUGCUUCAAUAUACGUCGCAGAAUGGCGUAGUUGGUGCGGAGGCGUCCCAGCAGGCUGUAGUGGUGGGGUGCCGCACGGCGCUGUGCCUGGCGCCGCUCGACCCGCACUGGGAGGCCGCACUCGCCAGGAUGCUCGCCCACCAUCAGGUGAGGAAGCUCCUGUGCGUCGGGCUAACAAGUACCAACGGGCCGAGGCGGAGACAGAUACUGCAGCUAGUCAAACAUCACUACUUCCCUUCAGACCAGAUGAAUCAGGUAUUUGGUGAGUCUCUACACGGUGUAUCAGAGUCUACGUCCGACUUGGCAACGAAUGGCUCAGGUACAGGGUGCUCCGAGGGCGCCUGGUGCGGCCGACUCGCCCCCGCGCAGGAACACGCUGUCGAUGAACUCGUCGCCAAGCUAAACGAUAAACUGAGAGAUGGAAAGAUAUCGGACAUCGCGACGUCGAGCGUGAUGGAGCUGUAUGGCUACAAGAUGACUACUUGCCUAGAACAGAGGCUGCACUCACACUCCGUAGCAUUACAGGGCGCCAGCGAGCACAUGGCAUCACUACAACACUCGCUAGCAAUGCUGCAAGCUACCAACUCCUCGCAACAAGAUGUACUGUACACCACACAGAUGCAAAAUGAAAGGCAUAAGAAAACGAUAGAAGACUUACACAAGCAAUUAGAAGACGCGGAAACGACGUUGCGUGGUUUUCGCGCGAAACUGGCCGCCGAGAAACUUGACAAAGAGAAUCAAAAGGAGAAUCUACACAAGGAAUUCCGCGCGCAAAUGGCUACUCUGGAGGCUGAAAUGAAAUUACGUGAGAGAGAAUUUGAAGAUCGACUGAAGACGUCUGAAGCUGAAUACAGAGCGCUACAGAAGAAAUUAGAACAACAGACAAGUAAAAAUAGUGAGCUAGCGGGCGUUCUGAUCAAGUUUGAGGAGCGCGUCAAGCAGCGAGACAAGAAACUAGAAGAUGCGGCCAGCAACGAGGCUGCGUUACGAAAGGAAAUUGAACAUAGAGAUAUGACUGUAAAACAACUAGAGAAGACAGUGUUAGAAAGGGAGAAUAGACUGUACCAGCUGACGACUCAGCUGGAGGAGAUGAAGCGAGUCCAGGAGAUGGUCGCCAAGCUGAUGAGCAAGAGUGCGUCUACCAGUAUGGGGAGCUAACGCUUGUUGUACAUAGAAAAGAAUGAAGAAAUACCGGUGGACAGCGGAUCUCAGCGACCGAGAAUAAUAGAAGACAAUAUUUUUAUACUGAUAUAUUCCACAUGCUGAUAGAUUUAUAUUAUUUUACAAGGAUUUCAUAUUGCGUAUAUGAACGGGCUAACGAUGGAAUGCGAUCAAAUUAAUAAUGUUUAUUGUAUAAUAUUUAGUGUC